AUGGUUGAGAUACCAGAAGCUUUACCUCCUGAGGAGCUUGAUCGCGCCAAAGCAGCGGAAUCUAACGAGAAGAAGAUCCACUUGGGUGUAGAAAACCAGGAAAGGAUGCUUGAUACGAUUGCGGAGGAGGCGGCAGCACUCCAAGACAAUCCUAACGAUGAUAUGAGAGCAGUCCCGUUGAGCCAUUUGGAUUUAGAUGAUCUAAUAAUAUUUUCUGAAGCUAGUAUGGACGAAUUGGAGGCUCCAGUAAUUUAUCUGACUCCUCCUGUGGUAUUACCGGAUGAACAGAUGGAGGCUGAUACUGAAGUAGAGAAGAUACUGAUUGAUACCGGUCUCGAGAAGAAGCCAGAGCGUGUUGACCCUUUCCGGCUGACAUCGCUUAAUGAGGUGAAUACUGCUCUUAAGAUGUGCAAGAGUGCCAUUGACAGUUUGCGUCAGAAGCGUAACUCAUUGAUGAAAAAUAUUCGUGAGAGCGCUGCCCAGAUGGCCACCGACCACUCCAAGCAUGCGACCUACAAGGCUCAAAAUCAAGAGUUGUUGGAGGUUGAAAAACAUUUAGAUGAUGAGUUGGCUCGUCUGUUAAAGUUAGAGCAUGUGAAGAAGUCUCUUGCUAAAAAGCACGGAGCAGGCCACGACGUAGAGGACGCAGAGGAAGAGCUCGAAGAACGAGAAUCGGAGCUUGCUGAAGCGAGUGUCGAGGAGGAGGACGACGCUGUCGAAAAUGACGACGUUAUGGAUGACGACUCUGAUUCUGUGUCCCAGGAAGAUGAGCUCUAG